AGUCAGUCAGUAGUGUUAAGUUCAUCGUUCAUUGAUUUGCACAAAGCUCAACAAAUAGAAGUGAAAGAGAAAGAAAGAAAGAGGAAAAAAGCGGAUCUCUGUCUAUAAUAAUCAUCUGAAAUUCAGCUGCUUAGAUUUUUUAUUCAUGAAGCCAUUUCGCUGGCUCAUUUUCAUUUUGGAACAAAUGACACUGAUUCAAAGUCAUCGACACGGAAAAAGUGUUUAUACUAAUAGACAAACACAAAUUUUCAGCAUCAAAACGUAUUGAAUUGCGUAAACAUUACACGGUUUAUUUUUGGGUACCAUUCAUAUGCAAACUUAAUGCUUAAAUCGUGCCAAUGUGAAAAUUCAUGAAUAAAAAGUGUUGCAUUUUUUUUAUUGAGCUAUAAAGGAUUCGUGUAAAUUUCACACUUUACGGAUGUGCAAAGAGUGACACAAUCCGUAUGAUAUUUUCGGUGUUGGUUUAUGGUUUCGCAUUACCGUUUUGUUUGAUUUAUGCCAUUGCGCAAUUUUUCGGGUUGUUUUACUUUUUUUCCUAUUCGUUUGUGAAAAUUGGUCGAUAAAAUAGUUUUUUUUGUUUUGUUUCGCCCAACUUAAUCGCGAUUUAUUACGGUACAUAAAGUCAUUUCGUCUGGACAAUUCGAUGAAAUGCAAAUGGUAUCGAUUGUAACCCGUGACCGAGUUCAACAUCGCCUGAGCAUUUGUCCCGUGAUAAAAAAACUAUAAAACAAACUGAUCAAAGCAGCAUAUUAUUUAUCGAUUUUGCACACAGGCCGACCCGUUUGCCAUUGCGUUUGGCAUCACGAUAUAUUCUAAUAACAUUCAGCAAGGUGAACACUUUCACAUCGACACACAACCAUAACAGGUAGAAAGAAAACAAGAGAAGAAAAGAAAAAAAAUGCCAAAGAACAACAUUGCAUCAUUGGGGAAAUCGGCGUCAGUAAUUUGCGUUGAGGAGGUAUUUGACGAUAGCUAUCAUCAGCCGUCUAGCGAUGAAAUCAACGAGUACGCCAUUCAAAUUGGAAUCAAUCCAAAAACAGAACCACAUCUUUUAUAUUUAGCCCGAGAAGGUUUGCUGCAAGCCAUCCCGCCCGAAUGGCAAAUAUGCUACAAUGACGAAUGUGAUGGGUAUUAUUACUUUAAUACCAAGACAAAAGCACGACAGUGGGAGCAUCCGCUUGAUGCUGAAUACAAAAAAUUAGUCGAAAAGGCACGGAAAUUCGGUGCAACAGGGAUCAACGAUUUAUCCGACGACGUAUCGCAAAUUGACUCGGGCAUCAAGAGUUUGCAGGGCGACGAUUCGGAUUUGAUAACCGACGUUUCGCCUAUAUCAACCAGUACCGGUGCAAUACGAAAAGAUAUGUCAUUACAAAAUACUGGCCGAUUUUUGGCACCGUUAGAAAAACGGAGCAAUUCCGGUGGUCUGUUGCCAUUGGCACCCAUCGAAAGUGCUCGAAAUAAGCGAUUUGAAAUUACAAAUUUACCAACAAAUAAUCCAUUACCUUCGCCACAGCAAAUUGGUUUGUCGAUAAAAACGGAGAAUCGAUUAGAGCCAUUGGUCAAAAAUCUAGAAAAUGCAUCGUCAACGGCAACAUUCAAAGGGUUCACGUUGUCCGGCAAAGGUUCGAUGUUUUUGAAAUCGAAUAUAAAAAAGGCGGACACUCCGGAAGGCUCUAAAUCGCAAAAUGAUUUGAAAAAUGUGGCAACCGCUUCGGACAAUGGAAAGAAUGUUAAAUCAAUUUUGCGCGAUUCAAGUUUAACAGAUGUUCGAACUAGGCCAGAUAGUAGCAGCAAGCCAUCAGAUGCAGAUGCAGAAGACAGAAAAAGUGUCCGAUUCAAUUUGAAUGAAUCGGCCAAGGCCAAUUUGUACAAGGGCCUCGUUACAACCGAUGAAUCGUCAAACGAUGACGAUGAUGACGAAGUGGAGGAGAACGCCGAUUGGGACUUCAAUGAGGACGUGGAUGGCAUUGAAACGCAUGUUAAGGAAAUAACAAUGACUUUAAAUCGAAAUGCACAACAACAAAACGAAGCAAUAGCUAACGAAAAUAAAGAGUCAAUACCUACAACAGCAAAAAGUUUAACGACUCUAUUCGAUCGUAAUGCAGAAUCUGGCCGAAUCAAGCCAAUGUACGAGCAGGAUACCGAUUCAGAGUCGGUGGCUUCAAUAAGGAGUGCAAACAAUCGACGCAUAUUCGAUGGUGAAAAGGAUUUAAAGAAAAUCGAUUUGCCAAAACCAAUAAUAUCACAUCGGUUAAAAGUAUUCGAAGCUGAAGAGCAACGAAAUGAAGUGCAAAACGAUAAUUUGUUGAUUAAGCAGCCAAAAGUUGAAUCAAUCCAAAGUCAGAAAUCAACAGAUUUAAAGCACGAUCACGAAGACCUAGAUUUGAAAUGGCAGGAAGAAAAGGCUGAAUUGGAAAGAAUUUUCAUGAAAAAACGAGCUGCUCUCGACAAAGAGCAUGAAAAUCAAUUGAAAGCCCUUGAAAAAGAAUUGGAAGAGAAGAAAAACGACCGAAAGAUUGAGUUGGAGUCACAACACAAUAAUGACGUCGAGAAAUUUAAGCAGCAAUUGAAGGAGGAAUUUGAAGAGAAGCGAAAAAUCUUAAAUCAACAACAUCGUUUGGCGGAGGAAAAACUUCAAGAAAACCAUCAAAUAAUUCUGCAGGAAUUGGAACGUGAUUUAAAAAGCGAAGAAGAUUUGAUUAGAAAAGACCAUGUCAUGAAUUUGCAGCAAACAAAAGAGAAACUGGCACACGAACUGGAAUUGGAGCGACAAAAAAUGCGCGAAACCGGCGAGAAUCAUUUGUAUGAGAAAAUUCGAUGUGAAAAGCGAUUACUGGAAGACAAAUAUAGAUGUUUGAAGGACAAAUACGUACGUUUGAAAACGGAUGUUAAAAUCUCGUUGGAGCGACGCCAUCAACGGCGUGAGCAACAAAGUUUAACCACAGGCUCGGAGACAGAACGCUCCAAUUCAAAUAAACAAUCAAAUGAUGCGCACAGUUCAUCUGUGUCUAUGACUGGCGGUGCCAAAGUGAACGAUAUUGGAAAGCCGCCAGCGCUAAGCAUACAGCGAAAAGAAAUGGCACGCGAUAAAUCGGUCGAAAGAGAACGAGAUCGAUCCGCCCAUUUGAUUGAGAGGCCAAACAAAAAGUUCACCGCUGCCGCCAAAUAUUUAUCUCACAUUCAAAGCCAACAAUGCCCGGACGACACAUCGAUUAGCCAAAGUGAUACCACAAUUUCAAACAAUUACCAUCAUAAUUCACGCCGAUCGGUGCCGCACGCUACAGCAUUCGCAGACAAUGGCAACUCGGAUUCGGAGGCAUUCCAACAAGAAAACAAUAACAAUGUUCGUGAUUCACACGGAAGACAACGCAAGAAAACAUUCACUCGAACCAAAUCGGCAUCGACUUCACGGCUGAAUUCGUCGCACAAUGUACGAGCUAACGAUGCACAAUUACGGCCUUGUACGCCAGUUGAAAAUUUGCGGCGUCAAUUGCAAAAACUGGAAGACUUAGAAGAUCAAUUUCCCGACAAUUCGCUCGAUACCACUUACCAUCUGCGGUAUCCGUUCAAUGUGGAGGGUGGCAAGGAUCAUGGUGCUUCAAGCUCUGAAUUGGAAUUUUUCAAGCAUCGCAUCCAUUUGGAACGAGAUUCAGUGCGUCGUGCCAAGGAAUCGCUUCGAACUCAGCGCAGUAACUUCCGGGCCCGGCAACGCGAAGUGAAACACCAUCACAAGACCGCAAGUCGACACACGGUCGAUCAAAUGAUUCAAGAGGAAAAGGAAUUGACGGAAAUGGAAGUGAAUUUGCAUCGCACUCGUGCAUUAUUGGGCGAAAAAGUCAUUCGAUUGCGUCAUCUGGAACAAUCAUUGCAACGGCUUUAUGACAGCAAAGAGUCGCACACAAACCCAUUCACCACCGACAAUAAUCGAGACGAUGCCACAAUUAGCGAUUUGUCAUCUCACUCAAGUUCUGGUUUCAGUAGCACUGAUUUUGCAAGCGAUACCCAUGGUCAUGGUCAACGCAAGGAAAUGUAUCAAGAAUCGACCGAAAUAAUAAACAGCCUAGAACAUUUGAAUGCGGAGAUUCGAGAGAUUUGGGAUAUUUUGAGCAAGCAGCAAACUCAAGGUUUAACUCCACCACCAUCGCUUCUCUACCAAGAUAUCGUAUGGCCAAACACCCAGGUUUCAACCAUUUUUCAAGCAGCCGAAGCAUCGAAUCAACAUCAAAAUGCCACGUCGAUUAAUUAUGCUUUGAAUCAACCGGUCAUAACGUUGGCCGAUCGUCUUGAAACGUAUCGUCAGUUGGCGUCGGGUCGCAUUUCGAAUGCCAUCAAUUCGUCGCCCACAAUAAACGCAUCAGCAAUGCUUUCACAAUCGAUUGCUGCAAAUACAAUGGUUUCUCAGUCACCGCUAGCGCAGAAAUACAAAACCAGUUUGGUUGAACGCACCCAAGAUCUACGCAAUUGGUUAAAACAAGCCAAAACUGAACACGAACUUCUGACUGGUCCACAACAAGCCGAUCUCUAAAUCCGAAUAUCAAUUGUUGCAGUGGAUCAUGGCUUAGGCACACCAACAAUAGAAACAGCCGAUAGAAAUGAAAUUUAUCUGUCUGGUGAGCUGAGUAUAUAGAGAUUCAAAGAAAACAAUGUCAACGUGAAUGAAUGUUUUAUUCAUAAAUAUGUUGAGAAUAUUUCGCCUACAUAUUAGCAAACGAUUAUACAUUUCUCCCUUGGCCGUUUUAAUUAUUAUGUGUAUGACGUAAAGAAAAUUGAAUUUUCUGAACCAUUCCAAACACACACACACAGCUUUAAUUAGAUUAAUUUCAAGUUUGAUUACCCAUAUUUUUGGAUUGCACUAGGAGCGACUUUUAAAUUGAUAUAAUUAUUAAACUGUAAUUGGUUUUUAAACUUUAAUGUGAUACUAGGAAUUUGACGAUAGAGACGAAUGAUGAUGAAAUGGGCUGAUUCUCUUGGAAACAUAGGCAAUUUUAUUGAUUGUUUUUCUAAAGACAAAUUAAAGAGGAGCGAGAAGAAGUAAGCGAAAAAUGGUAAUCAUUCGGAAUGAUUAGCAAGUCCAAGAAAUUAUGUGAUUGAAAAAACUGCAUUCAACCUUAAGCUUCUUAGUCUAAACCCGUCCUACAAACUAUUCUUUCGGAAUAAAUGGAAUUUAAACUUUUAUUAGAUGAUCUAACAUUGUGUUUCGACUUUCAAACGAUUCAUUUGAAAUUUUAGUAAUGGUGUUAUCAAGUUCCUCACGACUAUAACAAUUGACAACCAAUAACUCUUUGUAAUACUUUGUCUCUACUUCUGAAAACCGAAAAAUAAUGACCGAUAACCAACUUAAUCAACUACAGAAUAACCAAUAAAUACCAUUUAUCGUGCGCACAUUCAAUGUUAUAACCCAAUUUACAAUAUACCGAUACAUAACAACUAAAGAAAAAUCCAAUUUUAAACCGAUUCGAUCGAUGUUAUCGUGAAUUGCACUUGUUGUCCACAGAAAAAAAAUAACCAAUUUGAAUUUCAAAUAUUAUUCGAAACAAAAAAAUGAAACGAUUGUUAGCAGAGACAUCAAUUUUAACCACAAUUUAGGCAAUUUAUGCAAAUUUCAAUGAAAUGAUUUGUGAUGUUUAACAAUAUAAAAUAAAACGUAAUCACCGAAUAAA